AUGGGCAAGAAUCGAUCUGCUGAGGGCUCCAAGAAACGACGCCACACUCCAUCUGCCUCGCCUGCUGAGAAGAAGUCCAGAAAAUCCUCAAAGAAAGUCCGCCAUACUGUUGUGGAUGUCUCUCCUGCUCCUGUCACCACAGAUCUGGAUCCCGUUUCUACUCCAGUGGCUUCACCUUCACCAAGUCUCAAGACUAGUGAUGUGCCUGACCCUGUCGACACCGGUGUGCCUGCUCUUGACGGUGAUAGCCUCUCUGCAACCCCACAAGAAGAUCUGCCCUCAGAUCCAGAGGUUACCCCCCGCAAUGUUGAGUUUCCUGUUCAACUCCGCCGCUCUAAUCGAAAACACGAAGGCCCAUCUGCCUCCUCUCCUGCCUCCGUGUCUGAAGGUCAACAAUCCUCUUCUUCUGAGCCUAUUCCUGAGGAUGACCCUUUGCGUUCUGAAUCUUCUGAUUCAUCUGUGGGCUCUCAACUCUCUGCUGGUAACUGUUUCUCUCCUCUUUUCUACUCCGUUCUUGCUAAAGAAAAUUGGGAUAGCAUGAGUAAGCGUGCCUGCUCUCCUGAGCGAGUUUUAUCUAGGUCUGUCUUACCUUUGUCUGGGAUUUUCCGUCUUCUAAAAACUCAAGGGUUGCUUGGCACUAUUGUGAGUGCACAACCUUUUGAGCGAUCUGUUAUUGUUGAGUUCUAUGCCAAUCUUUCCGAUCGCUUUUCUGUUGUGGGGUCUCGUGGGUAUGGGAAAGUGUAUGUGAGGGGGUCUUUCUAUUCUGUGACACCUGCCUUGAUUAAUGAGUUUUAUAAAUGUCCAAACGAGGUUUCUUCCAAACCCUCUGUUUCCAAAGACACUCUGGCCUCUGUCCUCACUGCCAAAGUUCUGAAAAAAUGGCCUGGUCCAAAGUCGGCUUUUCAUGUGUCUAAGCUGACUCAGCUGUACUCAGUCCUCUUUAAAAUAGGCAUUUCCAACUGGUUUCCCACUACUCACAAUGCUACUCUCAAUCCCACCCAAGCUGAGUUUUUAUGGUGCAUCACUCACGACCUCAAGAUCAAUAUUGGUGAAUUAAUUUUCACUCAGAUUGAUGCCACUUUACUGGACCCUCCUGGCCGUCCAAUCACUAUCCACGGUAAGGUCCUUUCUGAACAUUUUGCUGAUCUGCCUCCUGUCGAUCCUACUGUUGUUCAGACGGUCCCACGUGUGAAGAAGGCUCCUAUAGUGGCUGCCUCUGUUCCCAUUGUAGCUGCCUCUAUUUCGCCGCCAGUUGAUGUGGUCACCAAGGAUGAGCUCACUCGUUUUCAGGAGUCUAUCCAGGCUCAGCUAGCUCAAGGGUUUGCCUCUAUUCAAGAUCAACUGCUUAGGACUUUGGCACAUUCUGGUCAGAAAGGGGGAGUAGCAACAACUCCAACUCCUGCGGCUUCCACCAAGACCAAAGAUAAAGGCAAAAAGCAGGCAUCCCUCCUCACUCCUCCACAGCCCAGCUCUCGUGAUGAAGAUGAUUUGUUCUCUGGCUUUAGUUACUAA